AUGGACUUCACUCGAAACCAAAGCAGUGACCACUCGGAACCCAGCACAAGACCUCUCAAUGUCACAAUAGUAGGAGCAGGUAUCGGUGGUCUCACUGCGGCCAUCUCUCUCCGGCAGCAAGGCCACACGGUGACACUUCUUGAACAAUCACGUCUCGCCAGCGAAACCGGCGCCGCAGUGCAUCUCGCACCAAAUGCUCAAGGACUGUUGCGACGUAUUGGCAUUAUCCCCGAGGACCAGGGUGCUGUAAAUGCGUCCUCACUGAACCAACGGCUGUUCAAUGGCAAGCCAAUGUUCCAAGUCGACCUCGAGAAAGAUGCACACCGAUGGCAGUGGCCAUGGCAACUCGCACACCGCAUCCACCUCCACGAGUCCCUGAAAAAACGAGCAACGUCCGAGGACGGCCCAGGCAAGCCGGCUGUUCUGAACACAAGAUCCAGGGUUGUGGAUGUGGAUCCUCAAGAGGGAACAGUCACAUUAGAAAAUGGCGAGAAGAUCCACGGAGACGUGAUCGUAGGCGCGGAUGGCGUGCACUCAAAGACACGGCGCAAGGUCCCUGGCGCCGAGAAUGUCGAGACGUUUGGCUCAGGCAAGAGCGCAUACCGUUUCCUCAUCCCCCGGGAACGGGCCCUGGCUGACCCGGAUACGAAGAAGUAUGCGGAGAGGGAGGGCGAGCUAUUCAUGUUUAUCGGACGCGACCGUCGCAUUGUUCUGUAUCCGACCUCCAACAACGAGUUGCUCAACUUUGUCAAUAUCCACCCGACGGCUGACUCGCAGAUCGUGUCCGAAGCCCCAGGAAGCGGCGACUGGCAGAAUACAGGCAAUAUCGACAAGAUGCUUGAGGUGUACAAGAACUUCGAGCCUGCCGCGUUGAAACUGCUAAGUAUGGCGGACGAGGAAUCGCUCAAAGUGUGGGAGCUGCUGGAUAUGGAGAAAUUGCCUACCUGGACGGAGCAAAAGUUGGUGCUCAUCGGUGAUGCGGCUCAUCCCUUCACACCUCACUUAGGUCAAGGCGCAGCUCAAGCCAUUGAAGACGCCAUUUCUCUUGCCGUCAUGCUACCUAGAAACACCCCGCUUGACUCGAUUCCCGCUCGCUUGAAGCUCUACGAGAAAUGUCGUUAUGAGCGUGCCUCCAGGGUCCAGGAGGUUUCUCGUAUAUUGGGUGAAGACCGAGACGGCCCCCCUCCGAUCAACGCAGCCCAGUUCUCGGAUUACAACUUCGGACACGACGAAUGGGACCACUCAACUCAGAUACUGCGAGAGUGGGAAUGGGAGAACAAGAAGAAUCUGUGGUGGAGAAUGCCAACAUCCUUCGGCCCAAUGCCUGGCCCAAGACAAGACUUCCAAGGGCGGCCAAGGGACGGAAGCAAGGCAACGUUCAAAACCGCCAGUAUCAAGUUCAGAUCUUCCGGCACGAUGCUGCGCAACCUUUUUCCCACUAAGAAUUUGAAGUUCGCGCUUCCCAACACAAAUGUCUUUGCUACUUUUGCAGUCACCCACUUGAACAAUCUCGAGUGGCUCGGUGGAAGGGGAUAUAUACAUUUCGGACUGUACAUUCAUGGCGCACAAUAUACCAAGGAGGAUGGCGAGACGGUACAAGGCACAUACCUCCCAAUCCUGUUCGAAAACUUGGCAGAUCCGAUCAUCAGCGGUAGAGAAGAGCUAGGCUUCCCAAAGCUGUUUGCCGACCUUGACCUCCAACAAGAUGGACAAAAUCUGACGCUGAAUGCAAGCUGGAUGUCGUCGAAGUUCUGUAGCAUGACAUUCUCGGGACUGGAAGAUUCCGUGGCCGCGGAAACAUCCUCCGAUACAGACGCGUCAUCAGCCCCGAAGGAUGAGGGCAUGUUUCUGCACAAGACCAUCCCUGCUUCCAGCAAUGAUGGGAAACAGGCAGACGUGGAGUACACAACCUUCCUGCCGUUUGCAGAGGAUGCGAAGACAGUGGAGAGGAAGUUUGAGAAGAGUUUGACAGCGAAGAAGGCGGAGAUCAAGUUCGAUGCUCUGGACUGGAAGGCAUUGCCCACACUACAUCAUAUCAUUGAGAGACUGCAGGAGAUCCCGAUAUACGAGGUGGUCGAGGCCAAGGUGGUGGAGGGUACUGGUGUGAGUGAUGUGAGCUCGAUACAAAGGAUUGAGCCGGCAUUGUAG